UUAAAAUUUUAUGCAGUCAUAAAAGUGGAGUUUCGGAAUUCAUAUUAGAAUUCCCUCUUCCGAAGGCAACAAACGACAAGUUUUGGGAUAAAAUUAAAAAACGACACAUUUUAUUAGCUAUUUUGGUAAUGUUUGACCAAAAGCAAAGAGAAGUACUUCUGACAACAAAUCAAAUCAUAACAUUACAUAGCUCCAUGAAAGAAGUGCGUGAUGGGAUUGAAAAAACAGGAAUCAUUACACGAAUUCAUGAUGGGAUUCCUCAGUUUACUCAUCGAAUAUUUGCUGAGUACUUUGCGGCUUGCUGGAUGAACGAUAACAAGAAUCGCAUGAGAAACGAGAGUUUCUUCCAUUCGUGGUCAUAUUGGAAUCCUCAACUGCAUCAAAUGCGUGACUUGUUCAAUCGAAUCAUUCUAAGAGAAAGCAAAGAACAUGAUCUUCACAUGGCUGUUGUAAAUCAAUCAGAUGAUCUAGUUGGCAAGAUACUGACAAAUAAUCCAUCAGCUGCAUUGGUGAAAGACGCUGUUGGUCGAUUGCCUCUUCACCUGGCAGUUACGUACCCAUUAUUGGAAAUAGUAAACUUGUUACUCGAUAAGAUGUCUAUUCAGUGCAUUAACACAACAGAUGAUCUGUUUGGAUGGAGUGCCUUGGAUUACGCAUUUGCCAUUCGCUACAAAAAAAAAACCUUAACUUUACUAUCAGCGGGAGCGACAGUCAACAAACAGAUACUUUUUCAACAGAUACUUUCUAACAACAUGCGUCAAAUAUUGACUAGCAUAAAAUGUUAUGGAGAAUGGCUUCAGUCAAACGAAAGCUCCAAACCAAUGGCAAAUCCUCUUUACAUUCGAGUGGUCGAUUAUUUACUCAACGAACAGCAUGUUGACAUCUUUUCUCGUCACGAGGAAUUGAAUUCGAGAACUGUUCUUGAGUUUUGUAUAACUGCUAAUUCGCUAGAAGUAUUCAAUCUAUUUGCUUUGCAUGCCACUGAUCACUUCUUUAAUCAUUGCUUCAAGCUUGCAUUCCAGAACAAAGCUCAUGAUAUAAUAGUUCAUUUUAUCGAAGAUCGUGACAUUCCUCUACCUCCUAUAGAAAACAUUACCAGUCUUAUUUCUGCUCUCAAAUAUACCAUACAAAACAACAAGCUUACCUCAUUCAAAGCUAUCUUUCAACAACUCUGUAUCCAACAAAACAUUCCUAUGAACGAGGAAACUGAUAUUCCUGACGACUGUUGUGAUCCAAUCAUUCCACCACUGAACGACAAUAUUUCUCCUGAGGUAUGCUGUGUACUCUCCUCUAGCAACGUUGGAUUAUCGUUGCCUGAAUAUGAUGCAAAAGAUAUCCUGCAUGAUGGAUACGUUCUCGAAGCUCUUCUGGCUUAUUCAGUUCACGAAGGAAACGUCUUCAUGCUCAGAUACAUUCACCUCAAGACCAAUAUGACCAUCACCAACAGACUCAUCGCAAUGAUCAUGAGAUUACUUCCGAAAGGUAAAAACGUUUGUCACAAGAAAUCGAUGCCUGCAUUCAUGUAUCUUCUCGAUCAGACAACAGAUCUGGACGGUGUGGAUGAUGGGGGUCGAAAUCUGCUCCACAUGACUGCUCAAAGUGGUUGUUUCUUCAUGCGGCAUUGUUUGAUUACUAGAGGAUUUGAUAUUGGUUCUAUGACCAUCGGAAUGGCUGCCGUUAAAGAUACAGGGUUUUUUACAUGAUUUGGCAAGCGUAGAAACGUUGAACUUAACUGCAGCAAUUGACAGGACAAACGCAUCAAGAGCUUUUAGAAUGGCAUCACGCUUAAGACAGCCUUUGCACCUGAUAUUGCAAGCGCGGUACACAAUAACUCAAAGGGUUUUAACCAGCGGCUUGUAACAAACAUUGAACCAGCGCCCAAAAACAUUUUUCAAUGUAAUCCACACGUAUGAAAAUUUAAAGUACAAAGUUAGGUAAAGUGUUCUAAAUUUACGUGAAUAAGUAUAUUGCAAGUUUUUGGUUUUAUAACUUGCGUGUUAUGGAAACAGCUUGCGUCAUAAGAACGUGUCAAGCUGCUUGCUCUUCUUUUGAUGUCGUAGAGCAUUGAGUUCUCGAUCGUUUUCAUCAGCUGAUUCUCUUUAUCGACGUUUUUGUGUUAGUGAUCCGCUUGUAUCAUAUCCAUAUAUUUAAACAUGAAUCAAAUGCAAUUGUAUUGACGUUUAUUGUUAUCAAACGUUUAGAGAAAUUAUACGGUUCCCUAACACUAGCACGGGGCCUUCGGAUGAGCUUUAGGAAGGCGUCUUACUCGGUUGAGGUUCAUGAUACAAGAGAGCGUUUAUUCGCUAUUGUCACAUCGAGGUGCAUAAGGACAAGUAUCUUAUGCGCCUUGUUUACGCCCACGAGUUGGGUGAUUAUAUUCUAAUGCUGCUAUCGAGCAGUUUCCUAAUGCUGCUAUCGAGCAGUUUCCUAAUCUUGCUGUCGAGCAGUUUCCUAACAUAGUUCCCUACAUCACUUCCCCCUUUAAAAUUAAUAGCGCUGCGGUAUUGUGAUCGAACGGCCGAAUCGUGUAGUGUACGUUUUUUAUCAUGCCCUGUCGUGUUUGUUUCCGAGAGAGGAUUUACUUGCGCAAUUGGUUGUUCAUAUCUGUCUAUGUGUGCUGCCUUUACACGAUCUAUCGAUACUUCGACGUUUCGACCUCUAACGCAUAUGACGAAUGUUUUCUCUUUUUUACUAAUGAUCCUAAAGGGUCCGUCGUACGGAGGUGUUAGUGUCGGUCUAAGGCAGCGCUCUAGCAGCAAUCGAACACGACAUCGAACAUGAAAAAUAUAUGGGAUUUGACAUGUUCGAUAUGAUAACCAACAAAUCGAACAUGUCAAAUCCCAUACAUUUUUCAUGUUCGAUGUCGUGUUCGAUUGCUGCUAGAGCGCCGGGUAACGGCAUCAAUACGAAGCCACACAUACGUGCACGAUUGCAACUCUGUUUGAACGUAUGGUUGGGAUUAGUUGUGGUGCUGAGUUUGUGUUGCUAUUACAUGGCUCAUUAUUUUUUUAUCUUGUCAACAUAUUCCGGAGUCGCGUUUACGUGAGAUUUACUAGUAUCAAAAAACUCUCCGGGUAAACGAAGCGUUGUUCCGUACAUAAGCUCUGCUACAGUUGUACCAAUUAUUUUUUUAUUGUUGACCGUAGACCCAAUAAUACGAUUGGUAAUACCUCAGUCCAUCGUGUUCGGUUGUGGCACAUUAUUGCGGAUUUUAAGUGUCGGUGAACUCGUUCGAUCUGACCAUUAGCUUGCGGGUGAUAAGGUGUUGUUCGUAAGUGAUCUAUGCCCAGUGUUACAAAUAUUUGUUUAAAGAGCUCCGACUCGAAUUGUCUGCUUUGAUCUGUUGUAACUUUCGCUGGCACUCCGAAUUUCGAUACCCAAUGAUUUACAAACGCUUUUGUUACAGUUUCUGCAGUCAUGUUAGGAAGUGGGAUUGCUUCGGUCAAACGAGUGAAUUUGUCUAUCAUUGGGGCCCUUUCCGUUUGAAGUUCGUAGACUGAAAUUUCAGCCUGUCAGCUGUUUGCAUUGUAUAGCAGUUUUCGAGCAGCUAUCUAAGUGAGUAUAAUAUACAGGUGGGCUUAUCCCAAGGUGUAUGAAUUUAGAAGGCUGAUUUUUAUCGCUUCUGCUUCUGAAUGAAGAUGUUGAGAGUGUUUUGAGUAUUCGUCAAGCCUCCAGAAAGCUCGUUGGAGCAAAAGUUUUCACUCGUUCUGUUAUGAUAUUCAAAUUAUGAUAUUAAAAGUGAUAUUCAAAUUUGGUUAUAAAAACAUGCUAUGAGACCACCUGAACUACAUACACUUUGAUUCUAGAUUCCAAGGUUAUUAGGCUCUAUACAGGUUACGACCGAGCGAUUGAGGGGGUCACCAUUUUGUGAACCUUGUUUACAAUUUGUCUGUCAAAAUCGACGCUGGUCAGCUGAUGCUUGGAAUAAACAACAUAAAUAAGAUUGCAGAAGACGAAACUAGCGCUUUCAUCCUACCACGUUCCAUCGUUAGUAGAAUACGACUUCAUUGUUGGCCUGUUUAAUGCUGAGUUUGAUAUUACAGUCAUAGCUUCAGGCAGUGGCGCGUUAAAAGGUGGGCGGACUGGGCGGCCGCCAGGGGCCCCGACGAUCUAGGGGGCCUGUCAUUGUGGAUGUUCGACUUCGUAUCGAUUCUACCCCCCCC